AUGUUUCUCAUACAGCAGCAAGAGGCAGGAACCAUGAAGUAUCAUUUUACGGCCAGGAACCUUUUCCUUGCGCUAUUGUUUUUGGAGUCAGUCAGUUUUGGCCUGAGCAAUCGAUUGCCGUACUUCAUAAAUUAUUUCUUCGACACAUACCUGUUGAUCAAUGAAGAUACUCCAGUGGGUUCAUCAGUGACCCAGUUGCUUGCCCGUGACCUAGACAACGACCCUCUUGUAUUUGGAGUUGUUGGGGAGGAAGCUAGCCGAUUCUUUGCAGUGGAAAGCCUGACUGGAGUUGUGUGGCUCAGGCAGCCCUUGGACAGAGAGACUAAGUCAGAAUUCACAGUUGAAUUUUCUGUCAGUGACAGCCAAGGGGUUAUCAAGGGGUCAGUGAAUAUCCAAGUGGGAGAUGUGAAUGACAAUGCACCAAGGUUUCACAACCAGCCAUACAGUGUCCGUAUUCCUGAGAACACACCUGUUGGAACUCCAAUUUUCAUAGUGAAUGCCACAGAUCCAGACCAGGGAGCAGGUGGAAGUGUGCUUUAUUCUUUCCAGCCUCCAUCCAACUUCUUCGCCAUUGACAGUGGCCGUGGCAUUGUGUCAGUCAUCCGAGCACUGGAUUAUGAAGUCACUCAGGCAUACCAGCUUCAGGUCAAUGCUACAGACCAAGAUAAAACCAAGCCCCUCUCCACUCUGGCCAACCUUGCAAUCACCAUCACGGAUGUGCAAGACAUGGACCCAAUCUUUAUCAAUCUGCCCUACAGUACAAACAUCUAUGAGAAUUCUCCUCCGGGUACAACUGUGCGCAUGAUAACUGCAAUUGAUCAGGACAAAGGACGUCCCAGAGGUAUUGGCUACACAAUUGUGUCAGGCAAUACCAACAGUAUCUUUGCACUGGACUACAUCAGUGGUGCUUUAACUCUGAAUGGGCCACUGGACCGAGAAAAUCCUUUCUACAGUGCUGGAUUUAUACUUACAGUAAAGGGAACAGAACUGAAUGAUGACCGCACACCUUCCAAUGCAACAGUGAUGACUACUUUCAACAUUCUUGUCAUUGAUAUAAAUGACAAUGCCCCAGAGUUCAACAGUUCAGAGUAUAGUGUGGCUAUUCCUGAAUUGGCCCAGGUGGGCUUCGCUCUUCCACUUUUCAUCCAAGUGCAAGAUAAAGAUGAGAACAUGGGGCUCAACAGUGUUUUUGAAAUUUACCUGGUGGGAAACAACUCCAACCAUUUUAUCAUCUCCCCAACUUCAAUUCAAGGAAAGGCAGAUGUCCGGAUUAGAGUCGCAGUUCCACUGGAUUUUGAGACAAUCUCUCGCUAUGAAUUUUCUCUGUUUGCAAAUGAGAGCAUGCCAGACCAUGUUGGCUUCGCUCGGGUGAAGAUUAACCUCAUCAAUGAGAAUGACAACCGCCCAAUUUUCAGCCAAGUCUUGUACAACAUCAGCCUGUUUGAGAAUGUCACUGUGGGAACUACAGUUCUGAGAGUUCUGGCAACAGACAAUGAUGUAGGCUCUUACGGAAAAGUCAGUUAUUAUUUCAGUGAUGAUCCUGACAGAUUCUCACUAGACAAGGACACAGGCAUAAUCACACUGAUUGCCAGGCUGGACUUCGAGACAAACCAACGCUAUACGCUCACUAUUAUUGCCAAAGAUGGGGGCGGGGAAGAGACUACAGGAAGAGUCCGCAUUAAUGUCCUGGAUGUUAACGAUAACAUCCCCACCUUCCAGAAGGAUUCCUAUUUGGGAGCUCUGCGGGAAAAUGAACCUUCUGUCACUCAGGUGGUCCGUGUGAGGGCGUCUGAUGAAGAUUCUCCUCCAAACAACCAGAUCACUUAUAGUAUUGUGGAUGCUUCUGCAUUCCGAAGUUACUUUGACAUUACUUUAUCUGAAGGUUAUGGAGUGAUAAGCGUAGUCCGCCCUUUGGAUUAUGAGCAAGUUCUCAAUGGAGUUCUUUACUUGACUGUAAUGGCUAAGGAUGCGGGAAUCCCAGCACUCAACAGCACUGUCCCCAUCACCAUCGAAGUGUUUGAUGAAAAUGACAACCCACCCACAUUCAGCAAGCCUUCCUAUGUCAUCACAAUCAUGGAGGAUAUCAUGGCAGGUGCAACGGUGCUAUUUCUAAAUGCCACUGAUUUGGACCGUUCAAGAGAAUAUGGCCAAGAGUCCAUUAUCUACUCUUUGGAAGGGUCUUUACACUUCCGAAUUAACGCUCGCUCAGGGGAAAUCACCACAACAUCUCUGCUGGAUCGGGAAGCUAAAUCAGAAUAUAUACUCAUUGUGCGGGCAGUGGAUGGUGGCGUGGGUCACAACCAGAAAACUGGCAUUGCUACUGUAAACAUCACUUUGCUGGACAUUAAUGAUAACUAUCCAGUAUGGAAGGAUGAGCCGUACUUCAUUAACCUAGUGGAGAUGACGCCCCCAAACUCUGAUGUCACAACGGUGGUAGCAUUUGACCCAGACCUGGCAGAAAACGGUUCCCUCGUGUACAGCAUUAGACCUCCAAAUAAAUUCUACAGUCUUAACAGCACCACAGGGAAGAUUCGGACAACGGGGGUUGUGCUGGACAGAGAGAAUCCAAAUCCUCAAGAAGCUGAGCUCAUGAGGAAGAUUGUGGUCUCCGUCACUGAUCGUGGGAGGCCACCGUUACGGGCCACCAGUAGUGCCACUGUGUUUGUGAACUUGCUGGAUCUCAAUGACAAUGACCCCACCUUCCAGAACUUACCUUUUAUCACUGAGAUUCCCGAGGGUCUCCCAGCAGGCUCCUCCGUCUUCCAGGUGGUAGCCAUUGACCUUGAUGAAGGCUUAAAUGGUCAAGUGACGUACCGCAUGCAGGUGGGCAUGCCCAGGAUGGACUUUGUCAUCAACAGCAGCAGCGGUCUUAUCAACUCCACAGCUGUUCUAGAUAGGGAAAGGAUCGCUGAAUACUACCUGAGGGUGAUCACAAGUGAUGCAGGAGCCCCGUCCAAGAGUUCUACCAGCACUCUCACAGUCAGAGUUUUAGAUGUGAAUGAUGAGAAUCCCACCUUCUUCCCGGCAGUCUACAAUGUAUCACUUCCAGAAAACAUCGCUCGUGAUUUCAAAGUGGUUCGCCUGAACUGCACUGACGCAGAUGUGGGUCUCAACGCUGAGCUCAGUUAUUUCAUCACAGGUGGGAACCAGGAUGGAAAGUUCAGUGUUGGCUUUAGAGAUGGGGUAGUUAGAACAGUAGUCAAUCUGGAUAGAGAAACCGUGCCAUCCUAUACACUCAUCCUAGAGGCCAUUGAUAAUGGCCCCACAGGAAAACGGAGGACUGGGACAGCUACCGUAAAUGUCAUUGUACUGGAUGUUAAUGACAACAGACCAAUCUUCCUUCAGAGCAGCUAUGAAGCUACUGUUCCUGAAGAUAUUCCAGACUACAGCAGCAUAGUACAGGUGAAAGCCACAGAUGCAGAUGAAGGUGUGAAUGGCCGCGUGUGGUACAGGAUUGUCAGAGGAAACAAUUUCAACAACUUCCGGAUCAACCCCAGCAGUGGACUGGUCAUGCGGGGCUUACGGCCCUUGGACAGAGAACGCAAU